GUUGAAACAUGAGCCAAGUGCAGCUCAACCAGCAAAUCACGACCAACAUUGCCAACCAGCUCAAGCUGGUCAGUCAGAUGGUCAGCACUGUGCGCAAGGAAGCACUCGCAUCCACAUUCAACAGGUGCUCGGAGGUCGCAGUGGAUCUGGCAACGCACGGCGGCGCAGAGGAACACCAGCAACGAGCGCUCGAGGAAGGCCAACUGUCGCUGCUGGCGUGCGAAGAGCGACUCGCCCACUUGAUCAAGGUGCUGGACGACGUACAAAAGGAAUGCCGUGGGGGCAUGCGACCGCCGCCGCUGGACUCGUACGUGGAGGAGCGGUUGAAGGGCGUCGAGGCCUCUGUGCCGUACGACCCGGCCAAAGACGAGCGGUUUACAAGGUACCGCAAGGAGGUCUGGAAGGCAAACCCCGGAAGCAGACCCAACCCAGACCAGGAGGACGACACAGACCAAGAGCUUGUGGCGCAAGAUUCGGUCGUGCCGGAAAUCUGCCCGAUUACAAAGUCCAGGUUGGUCGAGCCCGUGCGCAGCUCGAGGUGCACGCACACGUUUUCCAGAAAGGCCAUCCAGCAGCUCUACCAGCAGGCAAAGAAGAAGCUCAUCUGUCCCGUGCCCGGCUGCAACCAGGAAAUUCGGCUAGAGGAGCUUGAAAGGAACAUUGACAUGGAAAAGCAAUUGCGACGAACCGAUAUUCAACAACGCACUCAGCGUGCGUCCCAGUCGACGCAGCGCCAGGAUAGUGACGACGAAGAGGUCUUGUCGUAGAUGAUGACGGCCGAGCUGAACGAGGAAGGUUGUGACGAGUGAAAAAUGGUAUUGUGUGUGAGUGAGGUUGUUGUGGUGUUGUUGUUGUGGUGGUUGUAACUAAUUUCAAAGUAGGGUUUUUUUGAUCGGU